GCGACAGAUGCUGCAGACCAGAUCAUUAAUGGCAAUGCUGGAAGGCGCCAGCGACCAAAGCGGUACGUCAUCGCCCCGGUUUGAACCUCGAGGAAGGACCCUUCGUCGCUUGAUUGGCAUUUGCCGCGUCGCCUUUACCACAAGUCCGUGCGGUUCAAUUGCUGGCGGUGACGCAAACGCUUCUGGUAGCAGGCCUCAGACAAGAAUGGCGUCACAUCUCACGACUGAUUCCGUCCCGUGCAGUCGGGCGCGCACUUGCCUUGUCGAGCGCGACGGUAGACGGGCAUACGCCGGCCCCUGCCUCAAGGCAGCAUAUUCUGUACCAGAAUUCCUCAGACGCAUGCACGGAAUACCCGCUGCCCUGACCGCUCAGUACUCUCGACACGUCCACGAUCAGAUCACCCUUGCCAACCGACGGGAAAACACAUGUGUCAGCAGCAUGGACGCGACUUCCCGAUGACAUACUGACGGCAAGUCUUCGAGUUCGCGGACGCCCAGGUCCACGAAGGCCUUGCGAUUGCGUCAGAAUGGUUGCCUCAAUGGCUAUAUAAGUCGAGGGACAUGUCCCGCCACGGUUCUAUGGAACACACACCCCCAUCAGCUUGCGGACGUGUGCACGCAGGGCGUUCUUCCUCGCGCCUUCGCUAUAUCGCCGCCGUGCAGCAGUUGCG